AUGGUAAGUGCCAGUGGCAUGACAUCAGAUGACAGUGGAUAUGCUCCAGAGACUGACAGACACGUACGUCAGCAACCUAAACCUCCUUUUAAGGUGUCCCUGAGCUCUGUCUUACAACCUGAGCAAGUGUCUCUCUGUAAACAAUUUACACUCCAGUGGGGAAUGACAAAACACUGUUGAGGCAGACAGAACAAGGCCUUGUGGAUUCACUGGAAUGUCAACCUUCCACAUGAUUGUUUUUAUCCAGGGGUGAAAGUAUAUUUAAUUUAUUCCCGGUACAGGGACCUCUAUAUGGGUCUAAUUAUAGAAUUACAUAUAGAAUUCCUAUUAAUUUAAUAGGAUCUCUACGUGCCUAAUAGUAAAGAUUUGUCCUUUAACUUUUUUAAUGUAUUUUUCCUUCUACCUUUUAAUGUGGCAUACACACGACCUGUCGUGUUUUCAUCUGAUUGUCAAUCAAUUACUUCAAAAGGCUAAUGUAGACUACCUGCGCAAGUUACUCAGGGACGUCUGAACAACAGGGGGUGCGCGGGAAUAGUUUUAAAGCCUCAUUUAGAUAUUUUUCUGCUUAUAAUUUCCAACAUUUGUUAGUCAACUUGUCCAUAAUUAGAUCCUUGCAGCUUCUCUUCUGUCAUUACUUGAUGCUCAUCUAGAAUACUAAAUAAAGCCUUGCUAAUAAUGUCAUAAAUCAAUAGAAUGAUCAAUGCAUCAUCAACAAUCUAUACUGAACAAAAAUAUAAACGCAACAUGUAAAGUGUUGGUCCCAUUUUCCAUGAGCUGAAAUAAAAGAUCCCAGAAAUUUUCCAUACGCACAAAAAGCAUAUAUCAUCCCUGUUAGUGAGCAUUUCUCCUUUGCCAAGAUAAUCCAUCCACAUGACAGGUGUGGCAUAUCAAGAAGCUGAUUAAACAGCAUGAUCAUUACACAGGUGCACCUUGUGCUGGGGACAAUAAAAGGGCACUCUAAAAUGUGCAGUUGUGUCACACAACACAAUGUCACAGAUGUCUCUAGUUUUGAGGGAGCGUGCAAUUGGCAUGCUGACUGCAGGAAUGGCCAACAGAGCUGUUGCCAGAUAAUUGAAUGUUAAUUUCUCGACCAUAAGCCGCCUACAACGUCAUUUUAGAGAAUUUGGCAGUACGUCCAACUGGCCUCACAACCGCAGACCACGUGUAACCACGCCAGCCCAAGACCUCCACAUCCGGCUUGGAGGGAGGGAGGGGGAUACUGAGGAGAAUUUCUGUCUGUAAUAAAGCCCUUUUGUGUGGAAAAACUCAUUCUGACUGGCUGGGCCUGGCUCCCCAGUGGGCCUAUGCCCUCCCAGGCCCACCCAUGGUUGCGUCCCUGCCUAGUAAUGUGAAAUCCAUAGAUUAGGGUAUUUUGGUAUUUUAUUAGGAUCCCGUUAGCUAUUGCAAAAGCAGCAGCUACUCUUCCUGGGGUCCACACAAAACAUGAAAACAUGACAUAAUACAGAACAUUAAUAGACAAGAACAGCUCAAGGACAGAACUACAUUAAAACAAUGUAAAGGCACACAUAUCAAUACAUACACACAAACUAUCUAGGCGUAAUUAAUUUAUUUCAAUUGACUGAUUUCCUUCUAUAAACUGUAACUCAGUAAAAUCAUUGAAAUUGUUGCAUGUUGCGUUUAUAUUUUUGUUCAGUAUAGUUGACAUAGGUAAAGUUUCUCUUUCAUUUCUGCUUCUCUCACGGAGCGAGCACAUUUAGGGACCAGGAGGUUUCCAAAUGACAUCAGUUUGACCGGUUUAAAGGAAAUGAAAAGCUGUGAAAACGAUCCAACAUGUUUCUGAUAGUAUUUCAGUUAGUCUUGGAUGCAUAUUUUAUGUGGUUGAAAAUUAAAUAUUGUCAGCUUUUAUGUAGCUGAAAGAAAUUGCACGUUAAGGCUACACAACAGGUCCCUAAAAGCGCUCAAUCGCAUUCUAUCAAGAUGCUGAAAUAAAUAAAUCAUAUUUCUCCACUCCUGUUCCCGAGACUAAAUUAACAUUUGGUCUAUAAUUUUACUGCGAGGAACACAAUUCUGCAGGAGUUAAUAUUAUAAUAGGCUACUGUAUAUGUGAGACCUACAGUCAGUGUCCAGACUUCAGGUACUAUUCCAACUAUUAGGCUACUCCACUCUAAAAUAAUUACGGCAUCCAUACAGCAGUGCCUUUUGAUAAAUGCAAAGAGACAUCACUUACAAAACACCAAAAAGUGUUAUGAAUGACAUUUGGUGAUCAUCAUUCAUUAGGCCUACACAGGUCUUGGAACCUGAAUUGAUGCGUACACUGCUCUCCGCGCGUGUCUUGCCCACUUAUAUCUGCCUUGACAAAAUGUCUGUGUUAUUGUUGAACCACACUGCAUUUUGGAGCGUAGUACACAAGUUUUCAAGUCUAUUCGCUCAUUUUUUCAUGCGAAUGACAUGCGGUAUGAUAAAUAGUGUGAUAGCCUACAGUUUUCUUGAAAUCUAUGUUUUAAUUAUUGUGAUAGGCUCAUGUUUUACCGGUAUGGCGUACACCCACUAAUUAUUUUGCAGGUACUCCAUACCGGACCGUUCCGGCUUACUUUCACCCAUUUGUAUCUACCAUACACUUAUUCAUAUUUUAUUUACGAUCAACUUACACCAUUUUAUUCCUUAUGCCAUGGCCUACACUGAUUUAAUGUAUAUUCUCUCCACUGAGUUCAUACAUGAAACACAAUGAUAGAAUCAAUGGAUUGGUGCCAAUUUUGGCAUCAAAGACUUAUACGUUUUAAAAUAAAGGAACCAGUUCUGAUUACAUUCCUGACCUCCACAAUGAAAAAUAACAAAAGUUAAAUCAAACUCCGACCAAAAUACCUUGGCUGUCUGCAGGCCUUGGCAUCUCAUUAUCAGAUGUGGUUUGCCUGAGUAGAUCGCCUCACUGUAAACCCAGAGGUGAGAGAGGGAGCACAGAGAGGGGUAAUAGGGAGAGCUGUUUCUCCCAAGUUUGGUGUGAUGGGACUGCUGCUUUGAAAUACCUGAUUGUGUUGGCUCCUGGUCUCACAAGCACUCUCCCAGACUGUGAGUGAGUAGAACAUUCUGAAAAGAAGAGAGUGCAGAGCGAGAGGGGGGCUACAGACCCACCAUAGAAUCUCUGGUAUUAGGGGGAUGCGUUUGUGCCAAAAAGGAAAUACAAGGAAGUGGAGAAUCAGUGUUUCUCCAUGCAGGAAAAAGGAAUGUCCCAUGGCCAUUUUUCAUUUCUUCCUGUUGUUUUUUUACUCUACUCUUCAUCGUUAGGUUUUAUUACAACAGGUAGAAUGUCAUCCCUCUGUUACAAGAUGAGAAAAGAAACGGGAGAAGGAGGGAUAACAGCUCUAAUGAUUAUCAUAGUUCUGUGACUCUUUUACUACAGUUACAGUUUGUUGUAAGAUAAUUAGUAUUUUUCAGGUAGCUGAGCACGUCACAAGAUCAUUCAUCACGCAGAACUGACAGUUACAAGACAGUAACCAGAGUGUCUGCAGAUGUUAGGAUGCAGUCAAAUCCAACACAUUUACAGAGCAUUCGGAAAGUAUUCAGACCCCUUCACUGCGUUGUUUUCGCUUUAUCAUUAUGGGGUAUUGUGUGUAGAUUGAAAGAUUUAAUCAAUUUUAGAAUAAGGCUGAAACGUAACAACAUGUGGAAAUAGUGAAGUGGUCUGAAUACUUUCCGAAUGCACUGUAUAACCUUUGACCUCUGCCUCCUCAGUUGGCCCAGAAGUAUGACCCCCAGAAGGAGGAGGAGCUGAGGCUGUGGAUCCAGGACGUAACAGGCAAGAAGAUCGCUGAUCCUUUCAUGGAGAACCUGAAGGAUGGGGUCAUCUUGUGCGAGUGAGUGAGCGAUACUCUCCUCAGUACUGUGGCCGUACAGAAUGUCAUGCAGAAUGGCAGAGCAUAUUGUGUGUCAUAUGACCAUAUUAUUUUCAUUGGCUUCCAAUAUCAUUCAGCCUCAUUCAUUUCCCCACUGUUAAUGAUUACUGGGCCACUCAAAAGUUAGAACAGUAUUUUGACUGUUGUUCUGUGCUUUCUCUUUCCUUGUGUGUAGUCUUAUCAACACACUUCAGCCAGGAUCUGUGAGAAAGAUUAACACUUCCCCUCAAAACUGGCAUCAGGUAAGCUUGUUCUGAGACAGAGGAAUGUUUUUUGUAUUAUUAUAUAACAUCAUGCCCAUCAUGAUGUGCAGUAGGCUAUAGUUAUCAUAGAUACUAGGUAUUGAGCAGCAUAAGCAUGCCAAGAGUCCGUAGAUUUUUCCACUCCAUACCUUUCAGCCACUGAUCUCGCUAAAAUAUAUAGCCAGAUCGGUAGUCUUUUGCUUGGCGUAGUGUUUAUUUAUUUACAUUCCAAGCUGCAGCUGCAUUGUUAAAUGAGGCUCAUCUCAGCGUGCGUCUUCAACUCUCUUUGUAUGACACUCAAAAAGAAAACAGCACUUUUAAGGGUUUGUUGAGGCACUUCCAAAGAAUCAUCCAUGACAUACAAUGUUACUAAGAAUAAAUGCUCUCACAUGUGGUGGUCCCUUUGUCAGGAAUAAAAGAGAAAAAGAUUAUCCAACUGGUGAGUUGGUAAUGCUUUGAAGAAAACCCCAGACAGCUGAUAAUUCUGAAGUCCUGAGUCUCAAAUACAAUGACUGUUUAAAGAAACAUGACAAUAUCCAAAUAACACAGUAACUGGUGUCCUCUUUGUGUGUACUCUUGCUUUUACCUCAGUGGAUCAUUUGCUCAUGGCUAAUUCUAUUUUCUUCAUUUUCAUUGCCCAGCUGGAAAACAUUGGCAAUUUUGUCCGAGCCAUCACAGAUUAUGGGAUGAAGCCAUACGAUCUGUUUGAGGCCAACGACCUGUUUGAGAAUACCAACUACACCCAGGUCCAGAGCACGCUCAUCACCCUGGCUGGAAUUGUGAGUGGAAACCCAUAGAGUAAUCUCAGUACAUUGUACAGUACUGUAUUCAGAAAGUAUUGUCAGUGGCUUGUAAGAAACUUACUUCUACUUCACGUGAGGAUCCAUAAUCCGUUUUUCUAACCUUCCCCUCUUUCCCCAGGCCCAGUCCAAAGGUUUCCACUCCAAGUAUGAUAUGGGAGUGAAGUAUGCAACAGCACACCAGCGCCGUUUCGACCCCAGACAUGCUGAAGGAAGGGCGCAAUGUCAUCGGCCUGCAGGUCAGAGCAGUCUUUGUAACAUAUACACCUUAUACACUAAGAUAUCACUGUUAUUACAGGUGGAAUAUAUGUAGUAGUAGCAUGUUAAAACAUACAUUCAUUUGUUUUGAGUUUGGCCGAUAGGAUUGGUUUAAUGGUAUUAUAGUUCAGGCAUAACCAAUGCACUACCUUUGGCUGUCUGUCCAGAUGGGUACCAACAAACUUGCUAGCCAGAAGGGCAUGACAUCUUAUGGCACGCGGCGUCACCUGUACGACCCAAGGGGGGGAAUGGAGAACCCUCUGGACCAGUCUACCAUCAGCCUCCAGAUGGGCACCAAUAAGGGUGCCAAUCAGGUGGGGCGCCAUUUGAUUUCACAAAUAGAAUGGACUAACAUCCUGCACAUCUUGGGAGUUUUCCCUCUCUCUGCCUAUCAUGAAAGAAAUUAAUAUUAUAUAAAAUAUUACACUUUGUAGCCUAUAUCUAAUCCUCCCUGCUUUUCUUCCUCUCUCAGUCUGGCAUGACGGCCCCUGGCACCAGGAGACACAUCUAUGACAAGAGUCUGGGCUUGGAGGACUGCGACACCUCCACUGUUUCACUGCAGAUGGGCACCAACAAGAUGGCGUCCCAACAGGGCAUGACCACAUACGGCCUCCCUCGGCAGGUCUACGACAACAAGUACUGCUCCAACCCCGAUGAAUUCGUCAACAACGGGGAGAGGGCUGAGUUUGACGGUACUAUGUACUACGACUAA